AUGUCUUCAGAUCUUGCUGUUGAUCAAGUUCGUGUUCAGUCGGUCAUUUCCCAUUCGAAGGUCCAUCUGGAUCACCCAGUGGACCACGAUGAGGCCGUUAUUUUGGCCUUGGGUUAUAAGCAGGAGCUGAAACGUGACUUCUCCAUGUUCACCACCUUUGCCAUCGCUUUCUCCACUCUUGGUCUUCUGCCCUCUGUUGCUGGAACACUGUGGUACUCCAUGGCCUACACCGGAAAUGCUGGUAUCACAUGGGUGUACUUGGUUGCGAUGGGUGGAAUUCUUUGUGUUGCUCUGUCGAUGGCCGAGAUCGCCUCUGCGUUCCCAACCUCGGGUGGACUGUAUUAUGCCACCGCCAUGUUGGCCCCUCCUAAAUACAAAGCGUUCUUGUCCUGGUUUGUCGGAUGGUCCAACUAUCUGACGCAGAUCACAGGUGGUCCCUCCGUCGGAUAUAGUACUGCUUCCAUGAUUCUGGCUCUGAAAGAAAUUAGCGAUCCUAACUAUGAGUACCAGAAAUGGCACUGUUUCCUGCUCGCUACCUCGAUCACUAUCAGCUCUGCCUGUAUUGCCUCGUUGCCUGUGAAAUGGAUCUCCAUCAUCACCAGCGGUACCUCUACUCUGAACAUGGUGUUCCUGUUCAUCACAUGGGUCGUUUUCCUUGGCGGAAAUAACAGAGUCGAACAGGGUCUUCCAAAAUUUAACUCCAACUCCGACGCCUGGAAAAUCGUCAACAUGACCGAGUGGCCAGAUGGAUUUGCAGUGCUCAUGAGUUUCAUGGCUGCCAUUUGGAUCAUGUCUGGAUUCGACGCUCCAUUCCACUUGGCAGAGGAAUCUGCCAAUGCCGAGGUUGUCACUCCAAAUGCUAUUGUUCUAACUGCCGUUCUCGGGGGAAUUCUCGGUUUCGCUUUCCAGGUCGGAAUGUCGUACACCAUCGUUGAUGUGACGGCUGCCAUGGAAAGCGAAGUUGGUCAGCCGUUUGUGGCUUUCCUGUUCCAGGUCCUUGAUAAAAAGAGAGUCUACGCACUUGCUUCGUUCGCCAUUAUUCUGUCCUAUAUCAUGGAUUUCUCGAGUAUGCUUGCUGCCUCCAGAGUGCUCUACUCCUACUCCAGAGAUGGCUGUAUCCCAUUGUCCAGGUUCUGGUGCAGAGUCAACCCAUACACCAAGACCCCAGUCAACGCUGUGUGGUUCAACUGGUUCAUUGGUGAAUGUUUGCUGUGUCUGCUGUUUGGUGGUGUCGCUAUCAACGCCGUGUUCUCGUUUGGUGCCACUGGAGCUUUCAUCUCGUUCACUGUGCCAACUUUCCUCAGAAUCACCUACGCAAGAAACACUUUUAAGCCGGGUCCUUGGAAUUUGGGCAAGCUCAGCUACGUCACCGGUACAAUUGGCUGUGCUUUCGUUUUGAUGAUGAUUCCGAUCCUGAACUUCCCGCAAUUCCGCGGAAAGGACAACACCUUGGACCUCAUGAACUGGACCUGUGUAGUGUACUGGGGAGCCAUGUUCUUGGUGGUUGUGUACUGGUUUGCGUACGGACGCACCUUUUUCACCGGACCAAAAUCGAAUGUUGAAGUCAUUUAUGCCGACGAAGAAGGCAGCAGGGACGAAAAGACGGAAAUCGACGAGGUGGUGAAACAAUAG